CAAAUUACAAUACAAUCGCGCCCUCUUCAGGUUGCUAAUGUAUUUUUUGUGGUUUUGUCUGCGCGGGUUUGAACCGGAAGCAGUAAUCGGAUGCCGUCAUGGGAAGCAAAGUGAGUGGCAAGAUGGCAGCUGCCGGUCGGGUCGUGCAGGUUGUGCGACCUCAUGCACCUUUAAUUAAAUUUCCAGAUCGGACUGGCAUCCCUAGGCCAAAUGUGCAAGAAGCACUGAAUGUGCUUGCAGCCUUUCUCCCACAGAUCUCCCCGUCUGCACCUCCACCUACAACAUCAAUAUCUCCUCCACCCAAACCACCGGGACCCAUCAUCCGACUGCCUGGCACCCCUGACAGCACUGAUGUAGUUCGAGAUCUCCCUCAGAAAUACCGCAGAAGAACCCUUGCGUUAGAUGAAAUGGACUACAUUCAGCGUGGUGGACCAGAGUGACUGUGGUCCAGUUCAUUCAGUCACUCUAUUUGCAGAAAUCGGAUACAUGACUUUUUUUUCUCAGUGUAAGAGGAGUUUAUAAUGUCAUAUAGCAAACCAAACCAACUAAUUAAAUUACAGUUUUAUUGUACAUACAGAUUAUUAUUUGAUAGUUAAGCCUAUGAUUGGUUAUUUCAUUAUUCGGGUGCUCUGUAUUUACAUUAAAACACAGAACUCUUGGCCUUCUUA